AUGAAGUUCUACGAGUACAUAUUCCAGAAGUAUUACUUUGAUGAAAGCGAUAUUCUAAAUAAGAUGCCCAUUCAUAUGAGAAACGAAGUACAUUUGUAUUGCUGCAGAAUCUUGAUUGAGAAAACUGAUGCCUUCAGAAACUUGUCCAAAAGUGCAAUGGGUGAAAUAAUGGAAUACUUUAAGCAAGAAAUAUACAUUCCUCACAAUGUGAUCAUCAAAUGCGACGAUUUUAUCGAAAACAUCUACUUUAUUUCCUUUGGAACGGCAAUGUAUAUGGUGACUGUAGUUGCACUGGAGAUUACUGAACUCUAUAAAGUUGCCAAAUCUGAAUUGCUUAAGCUUUUUCUUGAAUAUCCCGAUGUCAAACAGAAGAUUUAA